AUGAAUCGAACUCAGUUAGCUAAACCUAAAAACGAUAUUUAUUAUAUUUAUGUUUUAUAUAUAUAUAGAAAUACUACUGAACCUGUUUCGAAACAAUCAACAAUAGCAAGUAUUUCAUCGAAUAUACCUUUAUUGGCUAUGAAUACAGACAAUGAUGCAACACAAUCAUUAAUUAAUACAACGACAGAUGUAGAAAGUCUCUUAAAUCCAUUUAAAAGGAAUCCAACUCGUGAUUCUAAACGUGGGCGAGCAUUAGUGCAACCAAAAGGAACAAUACCUUAUACAAUUGGUAAUUAUGAUACAUUAGAAAAAAUUGCUCUUCAGUUUAAUUUAACACCGUCCGAAUUACUUCAGCUCAAUAAAUUGAAUACACGGAUUGUCUUUCCUGGACAAAUACUCUAUGUACCUGAUGCGCCUUAUUCGAAUACAAUUGUUGAAGAAAAACAACAACCAACUCCAACUGUUCCGAUAAUAACACCAUCAUCAUCAAAACCUAAAGAUGGUGAUACAUUCAUUGUUCAUACUGAUCGUCGUUUAUCAAGUGGAUCAUCUCCUCCAAGUAGUCAACAAGAUGCUGGAGCCAUGGUUUGGUCAAUGUCUCGACAAUCAACAGCUAAACCAGGUCGUGCACAACGAUUAAAAAGUGAAGCAAGUACAGAAAGUGAUUCAUCAUCAUCACGAACUAUUGAAGAACGCUUGAAAACACAUAAAGAAGAUAAUACUAAACAAGUAAAACAAUUACAAAAAACAUUUUCAAUUGAAGAAAAUCAUCAAUUAGAUGAAGAAUGUUUACAACGUUUUAUUAAAGUUAAUGUUCGAUUGAUGACUGAUGAUCAUAAAAGCGUUGGUGGUACUCUUCUUGUUACGCCAAAUGCAGUUAUGUUUGAUCCCGAUGUUCUCGAUUCAUUAGUUAAAGAACAUGGUAUUGAUAAAUAUGGCUUAAUAAUUCGUAUGGAUUUACUUGCUGGUAUUGCCUUAUAUGAAGAUAUUGCAAUGUAUGAACAUGAAGCGAAUUUACGAGAUGAAGAGAAACGAAAAAUGUGUCAUUCAUCAAGUAUAAAAAAUAUUCAUCAAUGUUCAACAACUUCAAUGAAUAACGAUGAAGAACAAGUACAUGAUUUAAUGUCAUCAUUAUUAGAUAAAAUUGAUAAAGAAUUCAAUUCAUCAAUUGAUACAAGUCGAAUGUUAUUUAAUGCUUCCUCAGCUAAUCAACGUCGUAUAUCAACGGAUAACGAAGAUCUAUUCUAUUCACUUGACGGUGUUAAACAUUCCAGUGGAAUAUUAAUUAAUGACAAAGAUAUUCCAUCAUCUACUUAUCAAUUAGAAAAUUGUAUACCAAAUGAUGAAUUUAAUAGACGUUUCGGUGAAAUUGAUAAAUUACUACAAAAACAACAUGAAAUAUAUGUUACACCACAUCCAAUUGAAAUUCCAUAUUAUUUAUGUAUAAAAACAAGUAGAAUUGCAAAUAAUGUUAUGCCUGUAUAUGAACGAUCAAAUAAGAAAAUGUUUGAUGAAGUUUAUGGAAAAAAAGAACUUGAAUAUGAAUAUUGGUUUUCUGUUCCAAAAGAAAAAAUUGAUCAUUUGUAUGCAUUUUUUCUUCGUUGGAGUCCUGAACGUGCAUUAGAUCCAUAUUUUGAUGACGAUCAUCCGGAUAAUAGUAAUACUUCAUUAAAUCAAGUCAAUCGUCAUGUAUCUAAUAGCCAAUCAAAACAAAAUGAAAUCUCAUCUGGCAAAGGUUUUGUUUUAUUAGCAAAUGAUGAUCCGGAAUUAACAGAUGAUUAUGUAUCUUCUAAUAAUAAAAAUAAUAAUAGUUCUAAAUCACAUGCAACAUCAGAUAGUACGACAUCGACAAAAAAGCAACAUUAUUUAAAACGACAAAAUACAUUAUUGAAAGAAUGGGAGAUCAUCAGUGUUGAUGAAAUUUAUCGACGUAUAAAUGCAACACAUGCAAAUCCGACACAUACGCCUGAUAUUGGUAUACCGCCACCUAAACUUCUUCAACCAUCUACACUUGUUGACGAAGAACAAUCUAAACAAAUUUUACUUGAAUUACCAGCACGUGUACAUGGUCUUAAUUGGAAUAUGAUAUUUAGUACAGAAACAAAUGGAUUUAGUUUAAAUCAACUUUAUCGUCGAUCAAUGGAAGUUGAUUCAGAUGCACCUGCUCUACUUAUUGUUAAAGAUGUCGAACAAAAUAUGUUUGGUGCCUAUAUAUCACAACAAUUAAUGAUUAGUGAAGGUUUUUAUGGAACUGGAGAAUCAUUUCUUUUUACUUUUUAUCCAAAAUUUCAAGUAUUUCAUUGGACUGGUAAUAAUCAAUUUUUUGUCAAAGGUGAUGUUAAAACACUUGGAAUUGGUAGUGGAGAAGGUACAUAUGGUUUAUGGCUUGAUGCUGAUUUAUAUCAUGGUCGUACAUGUCCAAGUAAAACAUUUAAUAAUGUUCGAUUAUCAUCGAAAGAAGAUUUUAUAAUUGCAAGUGUUGAAGUUUGGACAUUUAUUGAUUAG